CAAGAUUGAUGCCCUGUCAUCCUAGUCUUUGGGGUUGAGUACUGUGCUAUGUGACCGGAAGGCAUCGAUCUUGAUUUGAGUAUAAGUAUUCACAUCCUCGUUCUGCAUUUCACAUAUUGUCGAGUCCCAUUUUCCGAACCACCCCACAAUCAUCAUGUCAGCAAGUGAAAGUGUGCCUGGAACAGAACUACUCUACGACAAUGGCGAUAGGGACCCAGAGACCUCGAGAAGACUUCAAAACCUACAGCAUGUUCGACAUGGCGACGGACAUAUCAUACUGGUUCCCCAACCGUCUUUGCAUGACCCUAAUGACCCACUGCGAUGGUCAACAGCGAAGAAAUGGACAACAUUCCUCAACGGCGUGUUCUAUGCCUUCAUCGGGUCCGUCACAGGACCUCUGGUAGCAGCAGGUAUGAUCCCACUCUCUGAGUUUUUCGGCGUCUCUCUGCAAAUGAUAUCCUACUCCAACGGCGCAAACCUCGCCUGCCAAGGUGUGGCGACCACCAUUUGGAUGCCGUUUGCCGUCAAAUACGGACGCCGUCCCAUCUACUUUUUCUCAAACAUUCUAAUGGGUGUCGCAUGCGUAUGGCUCGCGCUCGCCUCGCGCGCCUCGUACACUCCCUACCUCGUCGGCCGCGCCUUUCUGGGCAUCUGGCAAGCGCCCAUCGAAUCCAUCGUACCGAGCACCGUGACAGACCUGUUUUUCCUGCAUGAUCGCGGGGCGAAGGUCAGCAUAUAUGGCUUGAGUGUCCUGGGUGGUAACGAGCUAGGGCCAUUAUUGAGUGCGUUUAUCAUCCAGAGUCUGGGCGUCGCGUGGAGUUUUUGGAUCAUGGGUAUCGUAGUAUUCGUGAGUUGUGUGGCGAUGUUUUUUAGUAUGCCGGAGACGCUCUAUAUGGGGCCAAGGCCAUCGAUUCGAGCCUUGACUGCGGGCGUUGAGGAGAAGUCGAGUCGUGGGACGAGUAUGUCUGGGGACACGGAAUCGCCCAGUGGCAAUAUCAACGACCAGCACAGCGGCGUCAAGCCGGUCGAAAAGAGGACUUACUUGUCAGAACUCAAAUUCUGGGGCUUGAAUGAUCCCAAUGUCAACCUCCUCCACGCCUUCCUGCGCCCUUUUAUCCUUUUCACCUACCCCACCGUCCUCUGGGCAUGUAUCGUAUACGGCUUUUCUCUCUCCUGGAACGUCAUCUUAGGCGCGACCGUUGCACAGCUGUUUGCACCGCCGCCAUAUAACUUUGAUUCCUCUGCCCAAGGCCUUAUAUUCGUCUCCCCACUCAUCGGAUCGCUCAUAGGUACAUACAUCUGCGGGCCUCUCGCCGACCGUAUCGCCAACACCGCCACCCGGCGCAACGGUGGGAUUCGCGAGCCCGAGAUGCGACUGCCCACAUGUGCCAUUGCGGCCACGCUGACGUUCUUCGGCGUGCUCAUCACCUCCCUGACAUAUACGCAUCAAACGCACUGGAUAGGCCCGCUAUUUGGAAUCGGGGUGUUUAGUACGGGUGCGCAGAUGGGCGCAACGUUGAGUAUGAGCUAUGUACUGGACUGCCAUCGUGAGCUGAGUGUAGAGUUGAUGGUUAGUGUUGCGGCGCUGAAGAGCUUGAUUGCGUGGAUCUGGACGUGGGUCGUCAAUGAUUGGAUUGAGAGGGAUGGGAUGAUGGUUGUGUAUAUGAGCAUUGCGGCGAUCAAUGUUGCCGUAUAUCUCACCACAAUCGUACUCUAUAUAUAUGGGAAGAGACUGAGAGUGUGGAUUCAUAGUAGAGAUUUGCUGGGCGAGUUGGGCUUGAGGGACAGGUUGGGGAGGUGAUGAUCUUGAUUGCUUCCCACUGGGUCUAGUCAAAGGUGGUCCUUUGGAUCCUCGCCGGAGUCCUUGGUUAUUCACCGCAGACUUGCAGUCUCGCUUUUGUCACCUGGCGCAGAAUAACGAUUGAGGUUUUAUGUCUCCUUUCCGGGUAACUUCCACCUUGGCAGCACCAACAUCGAAUGUGUUAUCGUGGCAAGCAA